AUGAUGUUUUUGUCAUUUUUUCUCCUGUUCUUUGUUCCGUUUUUCGUUUAUGGCGUCUCAAAUUCGUCUGUGAGUUCAAUUCAUAAGGACCCCUGUCACUAUUGCAACGUUCAUUUGACUUGCCGGUACAGGGACCUGGGCGAUGCCGUAAAGUCCUUAGAAUCAAAGGUGGAGAGUCUUAUUAAACAGAACAACAAAUCCUUUGGAAUCGGCAAUGCGGUUAAGUCUUUAGAGGCAAAGGUGGAGAGUCUUACUGGACUUAACAACAAAACUUCUUGCGUCGGUGAAGCUGUAAAGACCUUAGAAGCAAAGGUUGAAAGCCUUCUUGGAAUGAACAACAAGACUUCUGGAAUCGCCGAUGCGGUCAAGUCUUUGAAUGCCACGUUGGAGAGUUUUACUGGACUGAACAACAAGACAUAUGGCGUCGACGAUGUCUUAAAGUCCUUAGAAGUAAAGGUGGAAAAUCUUAAUGGAUUGAACAACAAGACUUCUGGCAUCAGCAAAACCGUGAAAGCUUUGGAAUCAAAGAUUGAGAGUCUCAGUGAACUGCGCAAUAAGACUUCUCGAAUCGGCGAUGUGGUCAAGUCCUUAGAAGCAAAGGUUGAGAAUCUAAUUGCGCUGAUUAAUCGUACUUCUCUUAUUCCACAACCGGCUCUGAUACCGACAGGUAAUCUAAAAAGAAAACUACUAAUAAAAUUGUUAAUAUUUAAUCUUCAGCAAAUGUCCUUUGGUCUUUGUUAUCCUCAACUCAGUUUUAAUUCUCGGUUUUAAUGCGGUCAGCUGCUGUGUCUUCUUGCAAGGAACAAUAUACGAAAAAGACAAUUAUGAGCACAUUUUUAUUCAAGGAUAUUAUUUUCAGCACAGGCACAUAGCUCUUGCAUUUGCUGCUUGUUCAGCCGCCUAGCUGAAUAUCAAUGUGAUACUUUCUUUCUUCAAACAGCUCAUUAAAAACAAUCAUAACCAUAACCAAACAUUCAUAACAAAAGAAUGUUGGGAUCAUUCUCAGCAGCUGGGCACAGAACCUUAUAUAAAAACAGUAGCAGGAUAUAAUAUACAACACCUUAUAUAUUCCACUGCACCAAAAUUACCCUAUUUUAGUUGCUGUGUCACUAAAUAACGCAAUUUAAUUAAAAUAGCUCAUUUCUAAGAGUCCUUCUUACGAACGCCUUCUUUAACACUUAAAAAUUGUGUAAAAAGCUUUGUUGUCUUUUGCGUAAGAAGGCUUACAUAAGGCUUGUGUAAGAUACUUACAGAACGCGUAAGAGUGCUUACACAAGCCUUGUGUAAGAUACUUACAGAGGGCUUGGGUAAGAGUCCUUACACAAGGCUUGUGUAAGAGUCCUUACAGAAGGUUUGUGUAAGAUACUUACAAAAGGCUUGUAGAGAGUCCUUACAGUAUUUACUCAAAUGAUUUACCUGAAGCCACAACGAAUACUUCUGUUGAAAUGUUUGCGGAUGAUACCACAGUUUUUUGUAUUGGUAAUACUGUUGAUGAAGUCUUAUCUAAAAUUCACGAGGCGAUCGCCGACUUAAACAAAUGGGCUAAGGAUAACUUCAUGACUAUUCAUCCUGCAAAAACCGAAUUGAUGUUGUUAUCUAAAUCAAAAUUCAUCGGGCCCUUACAGAAAAUAUGUUUAGGGCAAAAGGAGUUGUCCUUUGUUUCUAAAUCUAAAUGUUUAGGGAUUCAAAUCGACAAUAAACUCUCCUGGUCGCCACAUAUCAAAUCCUUGAGCAAACGUUUUUCAGCAAGAGUGAAGAAACUGAAACACUUAAAAGGUCUCGACAGUCGCAUCUUAGAGUCAAUUUAUUUCAAAGGUAUCAUUCCAAGUAUUACGUAUUCAAUUGCAUUAUGGGGAUCUUCAAAAUCUCUUCAGACCCUGGAGGACAUUCACAUCGGAGCAGCGAGAUUUAUUUUUAACAUAAAGAAUUCUACUCUUAGCACUGAGGUCCUGGCAGCGACAAAAUGGAAGUCCUUAUCAUACAUGUACAAAAAGAGGAUUGCAACCAUAUCUUAUCAAGCAUUUUACAACAGGGCUCCGGCUGGUAUAAAUUCUCUAUUUAUUAAACAUUCUCCAUUAAGAAAACUCAGGGACAGUCUGAAACUAUACGUGCGUUGUCCUAAAAGUGACUUCCUCCGAUCUUCCUUCUCUCAUCGUGCGUCUAUUUUAUGGAAUAACUUACCCAUGUACUUAAAGAGCAAACCCAAUAUUGGUUCUUUUAAAUCUGCUCUUAAAGAAAAAUCUGACAUUUUAGAUAAAAUAACAUUUAAUGGGUUACAGGGAAUAAAUAAAGAUAUUGUAAAUUAUAUAUAUUAAGGCAUUUUUUUUUUAACUGAUUUUUAUAAAUUUUUUAACUCCACAGUCAAUUAACUGUUGUUUAUCUCGCUAGGUAUUUUUUUAUUUUUCUUUACUCAUUGUAAAUAAUUCAUUGGUUUGUUAAUAUUAUUAUUUACUUUUUUGUAGAUACUUUUUAGUUUGUAGGUCCACAUCAGCUCUUUAGCUGCCUUUUUUACUGACCUACAUGACAAAUAAAGUAUGUAUGUAUGUAUGUAAGGCUUGUGUUAAGACACUUACAGAAGGCUCGGAUACGAGUUCUUACAGAAGGCUUGUGUAAGGGUGCUUACACAAGGCUUGUGUAAGAUACUUACAGAAGAGUCCUUACAGAAGGCUUGUGUAAGAGUCCUUACACAAGGCUUGUGUAAGAUACUUACAGAAGGCUUGUGUAAGAGUCCGUACAGAAGGCUUUUAAAGAACGCGUAAGAAGGCUUACACAAGGCUUGUGUAAGAUACUUACAGAGGGCUUGAAUUCGCGGUCUCUUUCAAAAAAAAAAAUAAGGACGAAUUUAACCUCUUUGAGCGGUGAAUCGCGUAGCUAGCAAAGGCAAAAUAUCCACUAAUGUAUAAAACGCUCAGCCUGGAAGGGCUGAGGCCCAUGUAAGUAUGAAUGAAGUCUCGUGAACUACUGGUUUUUCUUGUUCUCACAGAGUGAUUCUACUACAGAAAAAGCAGAACCAUGUUGCAGAUAUUGGUUUUGUUUCUCAUUCCAGGCUUAUUUGGUGAUGCGGGUAGAUAAUUUUCCUACAUUUUAUCUAAGAUAUUGAGGGGCCAGGGAAGGGGGGUCAAAUUUCUCUAUAAGUUAAAAAUGGGACCAUAAACGUGAGAUAACCGGCUGAACGAACGUAUUUACAGCCAGAUGGACAUUUUCAACGAGUUUGAAAAAGUUGGGAUCUGUCAAUAGACCUCGCCCCAGUGAAAAGUCACAGACAUAAAGGGUGCGUUGUUGAGGCCUCAAAUGUAAUAAAUGACCCUAAAUGUAAUAAAGGUCCUAAGUGUAAUAACUUUUGGCCCUAAAUGUACUAAAGGUCCUAAGUGUAAUAAAUUUUGACCCUAAAUGUAAUAAAAGUCCUAAGUGUAAUUCUUUCAGCUCUUUAUAUACUUAGGGUAAUAAGAAGAUUUCAUAGCGUUUAGCCUUAUUACGGGUUAACUGAGCGCCAGAAUGCGUCUAGGGAAUAUCAAACACUAAAUACCCCAGGCAGAUUCCCUAUAUAGCCAUUUGAGUAACAACUUAUUAUUCAGUUAUUGAUAUCAUUAUCACUGUUAUUUUUGUUGUCAUUAUUAACUGAAAAGAAUGUUUAAUCGAAGUGAAUUGUAAAUAGUCCUUUGACCGAAUAGUAAUUAAUUGUAAAUAGGUUUUAAUAGUUAGCAUUGUUGUCAAUAAUACUUCUUUAACGACAACUUGAAAACAGAGGUCCUUGAUAUGAAGCAAAUUUUUUAAGAACUCUUUAAUGUCAAAAAAGGACUGACGUAUCUCAAAACUUAUGUAACAAAACAAAAAAGCCUCGUUGAUUAUCAGGAUUAUAGCAAAUUUUCCCAAGAAACUGUAACUUCAUCCACUGGAUUGAACUAAAAAAAUCUGUUUCAUAGGCAAAGGCAGCCUGUAGUGUAACUAUAAAGAUAUACUGCCCUUAAUAUCUUGCUGUUUAUAUAUAACUUCGUGUUCACAGCAUUCUUUAUGGACCGACCGACAUACUCUUUUGGAAAAUGAUAAAUAAAAAACAUUUCUUUUUUAGCGCAACAUUAAAAAACCCCAUAGGCAAAAGUAUUUAAUUUACUACGAUUGUUUCUAAUGAACAUUAAUACUUCCUUCAAUUACUAAAUUACUACUGUAUUUUGAAAACUUUUGUGUAGAUUCCAUCUGUUUAUAACUCGCGUUUCACGAUGUAGGGAUGUAGUAGGAAACACGAUCGAGACGUAGUUAAUUUAUAAGUGUUUCUCCUACUUCUUGAGCGCUCUAGCCGCUUUCUAAGUUAAUGGAUAUCUAUGAAGACUACAAUAGGGCAAAGAAAGUGAAUCGCCAGCUGGCUAUAACAUUAAUAUCGCAUCAGACCGUCGCAUGUUUCAGUCAGGGACCUUAUCGAGUUUGGGGCUGUUAUACUACAUACAUGUACACUAGCUGUUAACACUUCCAUUAUAUUUAGGGCUAAAACCUAUUACACAUAUAGUUAUACCCUUUAUUACCUUUAGGGCCGAAAGUUAUUACAUUUAGGACCUUUAUUACAGUUAGCGCCAAAAAUUAUUACACUUAGGACCUUUAUUACAUUUAGGGUCAUUUAUUACAUUUGAGGCCUCAACAUGCGUUUUAUGGAAGACAACAGAAGGGCUUGUGUAUUCAGACAAUGACUUGCUUAUAUUAUACAAUGGGGAAAACGAAAGUUGUUUUUCUUAAUUGUUUUGCUGCAGACAAUGCUCUGCUCAUACGCGAUCCGGUAUAGUGUGAACCAAGCCUCGUUUGUCUAGUAUAUCAGCGGUUAUUUGCUAAAUCGCAAUUUUUUGCUCUUCCUCGUCCAAAAACUGUUUAUUAUACAUAUUUCAGGUGCAACCUGUCAGAGAGAGAUGCAGUUGCAAUUCUGUGAAGACGAUUCACUUACACUCUCUUGCGCUCGUUUUUCCAAGAACAUCAAUAUCCUUUCUGCAAACUACGGUCGUUUGACUGGAGCUCAAGUCUGUGGCUGGGGACCAAUAAAGACCACUAACUGCAAAGCUAAUGGAGCACUUGCCAAAGUUCAAGCUCACUGUCAGGGACGUUCAAAUUGCACAUUACAGGCAACCAACAGCGAGUUUGGUGAUCCCUGCUAUGGAACUCACAAAUAUCUAGAGGUAACAAUUUUUCUUAGCCAAAACUUUUCUCCGCCUGGUUUCAAAGGGAUCACUUUUCUUCAAUUUCUCAUUGUCGCCAGGAUUCGUAGCUUUGGCAAGUUCAUGGAUCUUGAAAAAGAAGAAAAAGUCGUAGCCUGA